AUGCGUAUCAAGAACAUUGCAGCCAAGUUGUCCAGUUUCAUGGUUCUAGCGGUUGCCGCCGUGUUUGGAAGGUGCUCAGCGACAAGCAUGCCAUAUGACUUUAGCGCGCUGAGUACGUCUGGUGAGAGUGUCGUCUCGUCCGAGCACAACUUGACCUCUCACCUUGCCGUGACGACGAACGACCCUGCCGGCAAUUCUGAAGCAAGAACUGUAACUGAUGUUGCUGCAAAGGUGCCUUUACUUGAAAGGGUUAUCGAUAAAGAGCGUCAUUUUGAAACGCCGGAAUCGUUAGUGGCACAUUUGCGUGACAUUUUAUUGCUCAAGAAAAAAGAAGAAGCCAAAAUGUAUUUACGCAGUGACGAAUUUUUUCAUAUAUUCAAUAAUUACAGGUCCAUGUGUAGAACGAUGAGCGCUGAAACCAAGUUGAAGGCGGACGUUGCAUUUUUCAAUGCAUUAAAACAUAAGCUUGGCGCCCAAACGGUUUUAACGCGUUUUGACGAAAUCAUUCAUGGCAAAGAAUAUUCACAAGAGCUGGUGAAACAGAUGACUGAAAUGCGAAAUGCACAUUUUUUAGAUGUGGCUGGCAUAUACAAAGAUGCGAAUUCUUACAUGUUGUACGUGAUAGACUCAAACGCGAAAAUGUUAUUGGGUUCGAAGGAAAUGACGGCUGAAAAAGUCAAUGCUGACUUGAAGCUGCAACGUAUUAGGGAUGAUUACACGAGUUUCCUUGGUCAGUACAACGAAGCAUGGUCUCAAAUGGUCCUUCGCAGUGCAAACAAGAACUAG